AUGGUCUUAAGUGGAUGGACAGCCCUCCACUGGGCUGCAGUAGAUGAUAGAGCUGAGUGUGUGUCUACCCUCAUCCCGGUCACGCCGCCCACCCCCGAGCUGCUGCAGGCCGCCGACGGACACACCCCGGUGCACCUCGCCAGCUUUUAUGGCCACGAGGCUGUGCUGAAGGCCCUCGAGGGGGCUGGCUGGCCUCUUUACGCAAUGGACGGCGAUGGCCUGACACCCCUGCACUGGGCUGUGAGGGCAAGGAGUCUGGACGUGGUCAAGUACCUGCUGGAUAAGGACACGGCGCCCAGUACGGGGGCCGAUGAUGACCUCACGCCGCUGGACUUGGCUAAGAGGAAGGGUAAAGACCUAGCAGCGAGGUGGCUGACAAGGAGGAGCGGCGCGGUGCACAGGGACGCCGCCUACAGCAUGCUGCCUGAGGUCACGUCCAGUGCCGGGGUAAACGCUGCAGCAGGUGACGACACGCUGCGGCCAGAGGACGUGAGGAAACUGCUUGGCUUCAGGGAAUGGCUGAUAGACAAAUGGAACAACUUCAACAGGGGGGUGCCAGACUUUGUCGAAGGAUUUGGUGAUGUCUCUCAGGACGAGAUGGCACUGUCCCCUGUCAACUUUCUGUUGGGCGCCAGUCUCGGUCACAAGAGCGAGGGCGUGCGUGUUUCCCCUGCCUGGGCGGAACCCAAACUAUAA